UAACUCAACCACCAAACCCAACCUCUUCCUCCCUCCGCCCUAUAGCCUAUAAGUAACACAGACCAAAGCAACAUCAUUUUCCACCACCUCGUUUGACCACCAGUCAGUCAUUCAAUUCAAUUCCACCCCUUUUCCGAUUCCCUCAUUUGAUCAUUUCUUUUCUCUUUCCCUUUCAGUUUCCUUUGUUAACGAGAAUGGUGUGGUAAAUAAGCUGAACUAUUAUUAGUAACAGAGUCUUCGAUCAGUUUUUUGUUCUUUUUUUUUUUUUCCCUCCCAUUCUUUCUUGAACCCAUAAACGUCACUGGACCGACACAUUUUGUGUCAGUUCCAUUACAGACACAUUUCCCCAGUUUUGAAAAAAGAUUAUUAGUUUAUUUAAAGUUCCCAACAAUUUUACAAAACGCAUUUCCCAUCUUCCCUUUCAGAUCUCUAUAUAAAUCAUAGUAGUAGCAGAGUUGAGUAGUAGUUAUGGUGGAGUUGGUUGUGGAAGUGGCAAAUUAACUUCUCCGGCAAAGCCCGUGAUGAAUGAUGAUCACACGGCCAAUUGAAGAAAAACAGCACUUCCAGGAGGAGGAGGAGGAGAAGGAGUAUUGCUGUAUUAGUACAAAGUAAUUAAAUUUGUCACUGGGUUUUUUACUUUUGAGUACUGGGUUCCUGCUGAGUGAAUUGAUUGGUGAGUUGUUAAUUGGGCAAUAAUGGCGGAAGCCGGGGAAGGGAAACCAAUGCCGGAGGCAGAGAAGAAGAAGGAACAGAGCCUGCCGUUCUACCAGCUGUUCUCCUUCGCCGAUAAAUACGACUGGGGGUUGAUGAUCACCGGAACACUGGGUGCCAUCGUUCACGGCUCCUCCAUGCCGGUUUUCUUCCUAUUAUUCGGCGAAAUGGUUAACGGGUUCGGCAAAAACCAGGGCGAUUUACACAAGAUGAUCCACGAAGUCGGAAAGUACGCACUGUACUUCAUCUACCUUGGACUGAUCGUGUGCUUUUCGUCCUAUGCUGAAAUUGCAUGUUGGAUGCAUACUGGAGAAAGGCAAGCUGGAGCAUUGAGGAAGAAGUAUUUGGAGGCUGUAUUGAAACAGGACGUGGGGUUCUUUGAUACAGAUGCUAGAACAGGGGAUAUCGUUUUCAGUGUUUCAACUGAUACUCUACUUGUUCAAGAUGCCAUCAGUGAGAAGGUUGGAAAUUUCAUACAUUAUCUGUCCACAUUUUUGGCUGGUUUGGUGGUUGGUUUUGUGUCAGCAUGGAGGCUAGCGCUGCUAAGUGUGGCGGUGAUUCCCGGAAUUGCUUUCGCUGGUGGUCUCUAUGCAUACACCCUCACCGGGUUAACAUCCAAGAGUCGUGAAUCUUAUGCUAAUGCUGGUAUAAUAGCUGAGCAGGCCAUUGCUCAAGUUCGGACAGUUUAUUCGUACGUUGGGGAGAGCAAGGCUCUUAAUUCAUACUCAGAUGCAAUCCAAAACACAUUGAAACUUGGAUACAAAGCUGGGAUGGCUAAAGGACUGGGGCUGGGAUGCACCUAUGGUAUAGCAUGUAUGUCAUGGGCACUGGUUUUCUGGUAUGCCGGAGUUUUUGUGCGGAAUGGUCAGACUGAUGGUGGAAAAGCAUUUACUGCUAUCUUUUCUGCUAUUGUUGGUGGCAUGAGCUUGGGUCAGUCAUUUUCUAACCUUGGGGCGUUCAGCAAAGGUAAAGCUGCUGGAUACAAACUAAUGGAGAUUAUCAAACAAAAACCAACAAUUGUGCAGGACCCGUCAGAUGGAAAGACCUUGGCUGAGGUCAAUGGAAAUAUUGAAUUUAAGAAUGUAGUCUUUAGUUAUCCUUCAAGACCCGAUGUCAUUAUCUUCAGAGAUUUCUCCAUAUUCUUCCCUGCUGGAAAAACAGUGGCGGUUGUUGGUGGCAGUGGUUCAGGAAAGAGUACCGUUGUCUCCCUGAUUGAAAGGUUCUACGAUCCCAACCAGGGACAAAUCUUGCUGGACAAUGUGGACAUUAAAUCAUUGCAAUUGAGAUGGUUAAGGGAUCAAAUUGGUCUGGUCAACCAAGAACCUGCACUGUUUGCCACCACGAUACUGGAAAACAUUCUUUAUGGAAAGCCUGAAGCAACCAUGGCUGAAGUUGAGGCUGCUACCACUGCAGCAAAUGCUCAUAGCUUUAUUACACUGCUCCCUAAUGGAUACAAUACCCAGGUUGGAGAGCGUGGUGUCCAACUUUCUGGUGGUCAAAAGCAGAGAAUAGCAAUUGCAAGAGCUAUGCUGAAAAACCCCAAAAUCCUCCUGCUUGAUGAAGCUACCAGUGCUCUUGAUGCAGGUUCGGAGAGCAUUGUUCAGGAGGCUUUAGAUCGUCUCAUGGUGGGAAGAACAACAGUGGUGGUUGCUCAUCGCCUUUCAACUAUCAGGAAUGUUGAUUCAAUCGCAGUUUUACAGCAGGGGCAAGUUGUUGAAACUGGAACACACGAAGAACUUGUUGCAAAAGCUGGUGCAUAUGCUUCGUUAAUUAGAUUCCAGGAGAUGGUGGGCAACAGGGACUUUUCAAACCCUUCCACACGUCGCUCACGUUCCUCCCGCUUAAGCCACUCAUUAUCGACAAAAUCGCUCAGCCUCCGUUCUGGUAGUUUAAGAAACCUGAGCUAUCAGUACAGCACUGGUGCUGAUGGCCGUAUUGAGAUGGUGUCGACUGCUGAAACAGAUAGGAAAAAUCCAGCACCACGCGGUUACUUCUGCAGGCUUCUGAAACUGAAUGCCCCUGAGUGGCCUUAUUCAAUUAUGGGAGCUGUAGGAUCCAUUCUCUCAGGAUUCAUUGGCCCAACUUUUGCCAUUGUCAUGGGCAAUAUGAUUGAGGUUUUCUAUUAUAGAAAUCCCACAAUGAUGGAGAAGAAGACGAAGGAGUACGUUUUCAUUUACAUUGGAGCUGGCCUUUAUGCCGUAGUUGCGUAUUUGAUUCAGCAUUACUUCUUCAGUAUCAUGGGGGAGAAUCUCACGACAAGAGUUAGGCGGAUGAUGCUUGCAGCAAUUUUGAGGAAUGAAGUUGGAUGGUUCGACGAGGAGGAACACAAUUCAAACUUGUUGGCAGCUCGCUUGGCAACCGAUGCAGCGGAUGUCAAAGCUGCCAUAGCCGAGAGAAUUUCUGUUAUCUUGCAAAAUAUGACAUCCCUUCUCACUUCCUUCAUCGUCGCUUUCAUAGUCGAAUGGAGGGUCUCACUUCUUAUCCUCGGAACCUUCCCACUUCUAGUCUUGGCCAACUUUGCUCAGCAACUCUCUCUUAAAGGAUUUGCUGGAGACACAGCAAAGGCUCAUGCCAAGACCAGCAUGAUUGCCGGGGAAGGAGUGAGCAACAUCAGAACUGUUGCUGCAUUUAAUGCCCAAGAGAAGAUGCUGUCUUUGUUUUCUCACGAGCUACGUGUUCCACAACGCCGCAGUCUUCGUCGUAGUCAAGUCUCGGGACUUCUGUAUGGUCUAUCUCAGCUUGCACUUUACUCAUCAGAAGCAUUGAUCCUCUGGUAUGGAGCUCACCUGGUAGGCAAAGGUGAUUCCACCUUCUCAAAGGUUAUCAAGGUGUUUGUCGUGUUAGUCAUAACAGCGAAUUCAGUUGCUGAGACGGUUAGCCUAGCACCAGAGAUCAUAAGAGGGGGAGAAUCAGUUGGCUCUGUGUUUUCAAUUCUUGAUCGACACACAAGGAUAGAUGCUGAUGAUCCUGAGGCUGAACCUGUUGAAACAAUCCGCGGAGAAAUUGAAUUACGCCAUGUGGACUUUGCAUAUCCUUCAAGACCUGAUGUGAUGGUGUUCAGGGACUUCAAUCUCAGGAUCCGUGCGGGCCAAAGCCAAGCACUCGUUGGGGCUAGUGGAUCAGGAAAGAGUUCUGUUAUUGCUCUGAUUGAGCGAUUUUAUGAUCCAACAGCUGGCAAGGUUAUGAUUGAUGGCAAAGACAUUAGAAGGUUAAACUUGAAAUCUCUAAGGCUUAAGAUAGGAUUGGUACAGCAAGAGCCAGCUCUUUUUGCAGCAAGCAUUUUUGAUAACAUUGCUUAUGGAAAAGAAGAUGCAACUGAAGCAGAAGUUAUCGAAGCUGCUCGUGCCGCUAACAUGCACACAUUUGUCAGUGGACUGCCUGAAGGUUAUAAAACUCCAGUUGGUGAAAGAGGAGUACAACUCUCUGGAGGUCAAAAACAAAGGAUAGCAAUCGCACGUGCUGUUCUAAAGGAUCCGGCUAUUCUAUUACUUGAUGAAGCAACAAGUGCUCUUGACGCGGAGUCAGAAUGCGUUCUACAAGAAGCACUCGAAAGGCUAAUGAGAGGGCGAACCACUGUCCUUGUGGCGCAUCGGUUAUCCACGAUAAGGGGGGUGGAUAGCAUCGGAGUUGUGCAAGACGGACGCAUUGUAGAGCAAGGAAGCCACAGUGAACUGCUUAGCCGGGGCCCUGAAGGAGCAUAUACGAGGCUCUUGCAACUACAGCACAAUCACAUAUGAAAGUCUGAUACUAGUAAUAUCUAUUUUCCCAUUUUCCUUAUUAGCUACAUGAUGGGAUAGUGUUGAGUGGUAAUCUUGUUCAUGUUUUACUUAACCAUUUGUUUUUCAUUUUUUUCUUUUUACCUUGUUUUGGUUUUUUUCUGGAGGGUAAUAGUUGUAGAUAAGUUGACGUGAAAACUAAGAUCCGCAAGAUCUUCUUAAUUAAGAAAUAUUAGUAAUAUCUUUAAUUUCCAUAAGCACAUUCCAGAAGCCUUAUUUUGAAUUUUUUAAAGUCUAUUUGGAUCUUCAUCUUUCCAGCUUGAGAAACUUGUACUGUCUCUCUUUCUGUUACACUGCGAGUUGGAG